GUCCACGCAAAACACCUUUAAUACAAGUAGCUAGCAAACUCACACUCUUCCCCCUUCAAACACACAAGUGUAUUCAACAAGGUGGUGCAUGGGUUGGGUUAUUAUUGGCUCCAUUUGAGUCACAAGUCGGGUCGGGUUGGAUCAUUAUCAACCUUAGUUUAGACUAGCUUGUGAAACAUUUUGUGUUUCAAACCUAUCUAGAUAAUAUUUGUUAUUAGUUUCUAACUAGCAUAUAUUGAUGUGGGAAGAGAAUUUUGUUUCUGGUGGCAAAAUGGGCGUGUUGGGUAUUUUAAUGAUAACUGGAAAGUUUAUUAACGAUGUUUUGAGCUUCAUUGUUUUCUCCAUUCUCGACGUACUUGAUUUUAUUCUUUGUUAUGUCUACAAAGUAGCCGAUUUUUUCAUUGAAGCCGAAUGGAAACCGUGUUAUUGCUCUUCACCAAAAGAAGUCAUUUCCGGAAGUGCUCAAAUAUUGGUGUCCGAAAAAGGGGAGUCCAAAAAAAUCGUUUGCCUUACAUCAACAAAGCUACAACUUGAAGAGAUCUCGGACACCCUUUUCACUCGACCAUCUUUGGUGGCCGAGGUGUCGAAAACCACAGUCAAAGAGCUUAAGCGUCGAAAAAUCGACAACACUACUACAACAAUGGUAACUUCCAUUAACAAGUCAACGGUUCGGUCAACUUUCACGGUCAACAACACCAUUGUGGAAAUGCUCCAAGAGAAAAUCGGUGCUCAUAAAUCUCACCCCAUUCCCCGUUGGUCAGAUUGCGAUUGUGACACGUGUAACUCUUGGUCCAACUCGUGUAAAGAUACUCUUUUCGUUCACUCCGAAGGCCCUAAAGAUAAUGUGGGAGGAGAUGAUGUGUUAUUUAUUCAUGGAUUUAUAUCAUCAUCUGCAUUUUGGACGGAGACAGUGUUUCCAAAUUUCACAAAAUCAACAAAAUCUGCAUACCGAUUAUUUGCAAUCGAUCUAUUGGGUUUUGGACAGAGUCCAAAACCACACGACUCGCUUUAUACAAUCAAAGAGCAUUUAGACAUGAUUGAGAAAUCGGUACUCGAAUCACACAAGGUUAAAUCUUUUCACAUCGUGGCUCAUUCUCUUGGUUGCAUUUUGGCCCUUGCACUCGCCGUUAAACAUCCUAACGCCGUCAAAUCCCUCACUCUUCUUGCACCGCCAUAUUUUCCGACACCGAAAGGGGAGCAGGCAACGCAAUAUAUGAUGAGAAAGGUGGCGCCGCGGCGGGUGUGGCCAUUGAUAGCGUUUGGGUCUUCGUUAGCUUGUUGGUAUGAACAUGUUAGCCGAACCAUUUGUUUGCUUAUCUGCAAGAACCACCGCAUUUGGGAAUUUCUUACCAAACUCAUCACCAGAAAUAGGAUUAAGACUUAUUUGAUAAAAGGUUUUUGUUGCCACACACAUAAUGCCGCAUGGCAUACCCUUCACAAUAUUAUAUGUGGGACUGCCGGAAAGAUGGAAGAAUAUUUGGAAACAGUUCAAAACAAGUUAACGUGUAGCGUUAACAUUUUUCAUGGUAUAGAUGACGAGCUCAUCCCGGUCGAAUGUAGCAACCACGUGAAGACGAAAGUCCCUCGGGCCAACAUUAAGGUUGUAGAAAAGAAAGAUCAUAUUACAAUUGUCGUGGGACGCCAAGAAGCUUUUGCUAGAGAACUUGAAGAGAUUUGGAAGAAUUCAAAGUUGUUAAAUGGGUAAAUAAAAAAUCUAUGUAGUCCAUUGAUAAUCAAGAUGGAUGAAUACUAGCUAUUAAUUAGUAGCUAGCCUUAGUAUAUAUACAUAUAUAUAUGCAAUGUAUGAUCCGGCCAAGAAAUUGCUUGUUUGAUCUCUUUCUUGUUUUUUUGUUAUUUUAUGGUACGUAAAUGCAAUUUCAUCUCA